AUGGCUGGAGAGACCAUUGAGUACACUGCGGAAGAGGGAACUGCCGUGCUGCGAAAGAUUGACUUGAUGUUGAUGCCUAUGCUUUGCUGGGUGUAUGCCUUGCAAUUCGCAGACAAGACAUCUCUCAACUACGCAUCUUUGAUGGGAAUCCGCGAAGACACCCACCUCGAUCCAAAGUCUCAGGAAUACAGCUGGGCAUCCAGUAUCUUCUACGCCGGUUAUAUUGCCUUUGAAUUUCCAACGACCUAUCUCCUACGACGUCUCCCAUUGGGAAAAUACACAUCCGUCAACAUCAUUCUAUGGGGUGGUGUCCUCCUCUGCCAUUGUGCUGCAUCAUCCUAUGUUGGCUUGAUGUGUGUCCGAUUUUUCUUGGGUGCUCUUGAAGCCACUGUCACUCCAGCAUUCGUCAUUUUGACAUCUAUGUGGUACAAACAAGAUGAACAGGCAAAGCGUAUGGGAUGGUGGUUGGCUUGCAACGGUGUCGCAUUGCUCGUCAUGGGCCCGGUGGCCUACGGUCUUUCUGGUAUCCAGGCACCGUCCUUUGCCAACUGGAAAGUCUUGUUCCUUGUUCUUGGAGCACCGACUGUCCUGACUGGGUUUGCUUUGUUCUACUACAUGCCGGACAACCAGAUUCAGGCGAAGUUCCUCACCCACCGUGAGAAGCAGAUUGCCAUCGAUCGCAUCCGUGGCAAUCAUCAGGGUAUCGGUUCCACAGUCUGGAAGUGGGAUCAAUUCUUUGAGGCCUUCCGUGACCCCAGGACCUAUCUCUAUGUGUUGUUCUCGCUACUCAUGAACAUCCCCAACGGAGGAAUUACCUCCUUCGGAUCGAUUGUCAUCAAAUCUUUCGGAUUCAGUCCUCGCCUUUCCUUGCUGUUGAACAUGCCUACUGGUGUGGUUGACAUCUUCUGCAAGCUGUUCUUCACCUGGCUCUCGGACAAAUAUCUUGACAGGACACUUUUCGCUUUCAUCGCCAUUCUCAUCCCAAUGAUUGGUGGCAUCAUGAUGAUCACGAUUCCUCUUAGUGCCCAAGCCGCGCUCCUUGUUGGAUACUACUUCAUCGGCGCCGCAGGCUCUGCUUGGUGUCUUGUCAUGGUCAUGAUUUCCAACAACACCUUGGGUUACACGAAGAAGGCGACGGUCAGCGGUUGCCAAAUUCUUGCCUAUGCUGCUGGAAACUGGAUCGGCCCACAAACAUUCCGUUCUAACGAGGCUCCCCUCUACCACAAUGGCAAGAUGAUGGUCGCCAUCAUGUAUGGUCUGGCUGCAUGCACGCUAGUUGCACUCCGCUUCGUUAACAUCUGGGAGAACAAGAGGAGAGACAAGAAGGCUGCGGAAGAGCCCGAAGCCCCGGAAGUCGAGGGUACAGAAUUCUUGGAUCUCACCGAUUUCCAACUCCCACACUUCCGAUAUGUAUUGUAGUCGAUGGCUGGAAUCUUGUCAAUUUAGACACUUGGAUGAUCCCGAAUCUGGUAAUUGGACGCCCUUCAUUCACUUCUUCUACUACGUAACAAGUCAAGGUAUCUUAUGUAGUCCCC